AUGGCGCCGUGGACACCAUCGCCCGUCGCCGCCACCGCCGCCGCCGCCUCCCAGGCCCAGCUCGGCUUCUCGGCCGCCCGCCCGGCGCAGGCGCGGCAGGCCGCCGUCCUGCCGCCUCUCGCCCGCAGGUUCCCCGGCUCCUCCCUCCUCGCCGUCAACGCCCCCGCCCCCUCCCCCUCGUGGAGGCGCCAUGCCCUCGCCACCGAGGUCGAGGGCCUCAACAUCGCCGACGACGUCACGCAGCUCAUCGGCAAGACGCCCAUGGUGUAUCUCAACAAGAUUGUCAAGGGCUGUGUCGCCAACGUCGCCGCCAAGCUUGAGAUUAUGGAGCCCUGCUGUAGUGUCAAGGACAGGAUAGGAAUCAGUAUGAUUUCCGACGCUGAAGAGAAGGGCUUGAUAACACCCGGAAAGGUACAUUAUGAGACUACUGGGCCAGAAAUCUGGGAGGAUUCAAAAGGGAAGGUAGAUAUAUUCAUUGGUGGAAUCGGAACGGGCGGAACAAUAUCUGGUGCUGGUCGUUUCCUGAAGGAGAAAAAUCCCGAUGUCAAGGUUAUUGGUGUUGAACCUACUGAAAGUAACAUACUCUCUGGUGGUAAACCCGGCCCACAUAAGAUUCAAGGCAUUGGAGCAGGAUUUGUUCCUAGGAAUUUGGACAGUGAUGUUCUCAAUGAAGUAAUUGAGGCUGAUAGUUCUAUUAUGCUAGUUCUACGUAGUUAUACAAGCACAAUUGCAUAUGCUAGUUCUAUUGUGAUAUCAAGCGAUGAGGCCGUUGAAACAGCAAAGCAGUUGGCUCUUCAGGAAGGAUUGCUGGUCGGGAUCUCGUCUGGGGCAGCCGCGGCCGCUGCCAUAAAGGUCGCCCAGAGACCCGAGAACGCCGGGAAGCUGAUAGUGGUGGUGUUCCCGAGCUUCGGCGAGAGGUACCUGUCGUCGGUGCUGUUCCAGUCCAUCAGAGAAGAGUGCGAGAAGAUGGAGGCCGAAGCAGAGAACCCCGCCCACCCCCUCCAGGACCAGGAGCUCGCCGCCAGAGCAGCAGGGGGGAGAGGAGCCGCCGGCUCGACUCCUGCCGCUCGAGCAGCCAGCAGGCAGCAGGCCCCUCGCGCGAUUCGGAUCCCCCCGCCGACUCGCGCGCGCCGGAGAUCUGGACUCCCCUCGCCCCCGCCGCGCCGCCGUACCGGGGACGGGAGGGGAGGAUCCAUGUCCCAGCCCCACAGGCGCAGCACCGGGAACGGCAACGGCGGCGCGGGCUCCGGCGCCGGCGGGGGCGGGGGCGGGGACUACAUCAAGUCAUGGAUCAUGUGCGGCAACCUGCAGCGCGGCUUCGGCUCCCUCGUCCGCGAGCCCUGCGGCCUCAGCCCGGACCCCUACUACCUCAAGGGGGGCAAAAUGCUCAGGCCAGAGAAAUGGAACGCGUGUUUCGAUGCCGAUGGGAAGGUCAUCGGCUUCCGUAAGGCCCUCAAAUUCAUUGUCUUAGGGGGCAUGGAUCCCUCUAUUCGAGCAGAAGUUUGGGAGUUUCUUCUUGGGUGCUAUGCCUUAAGUAGCACAACAGAGUAUAGGAGGAAACUAAGAGCCGCUCGAAGGGAGAAAUAUCAAUGUUUAGUUAGGCAAUGCAAGAGUAUGCACCCAAGCAUUGGUACAGGUGAGCUUGCGUAUGCUGUUGGCUCAAAGCUGAUGGAUGUCAGGACUAUGCCAAAAGAAAAUGACAGUAGAGAAGAAGUCAGCACAAGUCAACGAGCCUCAGAAAAUGCACCUGGCAGUACAGUAGAAAACUCGAACUUAAAUUAUGACUCUGCUGGAACACCAGAGUCACAAAGCUGUAGCAAAUCAGCUGAAGUAGCUGGUUUCAACGCACAUAAUGAUAGCUCUGUAUAUAAUUCAUCCAAAUUUAUGGUGUCCUCCACAGUGGUGAAUAGUUGCUUGUCAGAUUCUGGGGAUUACAAUGACAUGGGUGAACCAAGAUAUGACAGUGAGACGUUCAUGGAGUAUCCCUCCCUGCCUGGUACAAACUUGUUCGCAAAUGAUGGUGGGGAUGUCAAUGGGGUUGACGAAAGUCUUUGUAGUUUCUCAGUUCCUGAAGAUAGGUUAAGACAACGUGAUGAACGCAUGCACAGCUUCCAGAUCAAUAAUAACAUAGAUCUCAUUAUGGAGUCCAAUUCCAGUGAUCUGUUUCGGGCUAGCAACAGUGACUCAGCCAUCUUUCACUCUGAUGCGUUCAAACAGGGUAGAUGGUUGGAUGACACUGGCUACAACAGGGAAAUAGUAGAUUCUUUGAAGAUAUCUGAUGCGCCAGAAGCAGAUUUUGUUGACGGAACCAAAUCCGACAGUCCGGUUGCAAACAAAGACAGAGUCGCCGAGUGGCUAUGGACAUUGCAUAGAAUUGUGGUCGAUGUUGUCAGAACAGAUAGCCAUCUCGAUUUCUAUGGAGAAUCAAGAAAUAUGGCGAGAAUGUCAGAUAUACUUGCAGUUUAUGCAUGGGUUGAUCCUUCCACUGGAUACUGUCAAGGUAUGAGCGAUCUUCUUUCCCCUUUUGUUGUUCUAUACGAGGAUGAUGCAGAUGCCUUUUGGUGUUUUGAGAUGCUACUGAGAAGGAUGCGUGAAAAUUUCCAGCUCGAGGGACCUACAGGAGUUAUGAAGCAGUUGGAAGCAUUGUGGAAGAUCAUGGAAUUGACAGAUACAGAAUUAUUUGAGCAUUUAUCAGCAAUUGGUGCUGAAAGCCUCCAUUUCGCUUUCCGGAUGCUGCUAGUGCUUUUUCGUCGAGAGCUAUCUUUUGAGGAGUCGCUGAGCAUGUGGGAGAUGAUGUGGGCUGCUGAUUUUGAUGAAGAUGCAAUCAGGAAUUUGGAAGCGAACUGCCUAGAACAAUUGCUACUAGAUGUGAAGAAUGAUUUUUCAUGUGAGGCCAAAGAAGAGCCCCGGAUGUUCAACGACAAUAUACUGAAAAUCAAUGUAAAAAGAUGUGUGCGCCUGGCUGUCAGGCUGAGGAAGAAGUACCAGUACAAGAUGCUGGGCGGACUUUACGGCGACCUCCCGCCGCCCACCUCGGCGGCCGGCGACGACGACAAGCCGACCGCCUCCGUCUGGUCGAGCGCCACCAAGAUGGCACCGCCCACCCUCCGCAAGCCCUCCGCGACCUUCGCCCCUCCCACGUCCCUCCUCAGGAACCAGCACCCCCGCCCCGCCGCCGCUCCCAAGGCCAGCGCCGUCCACCAGCAGCAGCAGCAGCAGCCGCCGCACCCCCUCCCCCUCGCCUCCGCCGUCACCACCACCACCGCAGCGUCCUUCCACCCCGCCCUCGUCGCCGUGCAGUCCACCGUGCUCGAGGAGUACGACCCCGCCAGGCCCAACGACUACGAGGACUACCGCAAGGAGAAGCUCAAGCGGGCCAAGGACGCCGAGAUGAAGAAGGAGCUCGACCGGAGGCGCCGCGAGGACCAGGAGCGGGAGAGGGAGCGCGAGCUGAGGGAGGCCGAGGCACGCCUGCGGGAGGAGCAGUCCAGGGCCUCCUCCCUCAACAUAUCCGGCGAGGAAGCCUGGAAGAGGAGGGCCGCCAUGAGCGGCGCUGGCGGCGGCGCUACUCCUCAGAGGGUCUCGUCUCCGCCCCACGGCGAUGCCAGUGGCUUCUCCAUCCCAGGCUCCUCCUCCUCUGGCUUGGGCGUGGGCGCCGGCGGCCAGAUGACCGCUGCCCAGAGAAUGAUGGCCAAGAUGGGGUGGAAGGAAGGCCAGGGGCUCGGCAAGCAAGAGCAGGGAAUCACAGCGCCUCUGGUUGCUAGGAAGACUGAUCGGAGGGCAGGGGUUAUUGUCGAUGAGAGCAGUUCCAGGAGGCCCAGAUCAGCCAACUUUGAAGGCCAGCCCACCAGAGUAGUGCUGCUGCGUAACAUGAUUGGUCCGGGCGAGGUUGACGACGAGCUGGAAGACGAGAUUGCCUCGGAGUGCUCCAAGUUUGGGGCUGUGUUGCGCGUGCUGAUAUUCGAGAUCACCCAGGCAAACUUCCCCGCAGACGAAGCAGUGAGGAUCUUCGUGCUGUUCGAGAGGACAGAAGAUUCAACCAAGGCGUUGGUCGAACUGGAAGGGCGCUACUUUGGCGGACGCAUAGUGCACGCCACCUUCUUCGAUGAGGGAAGGUUCGAGAGGAACGAGCUCGCUCCGAUGCCCGGCGAAGUACCAGGAAUGCCUAUCUUCCAAACUCGUUGGUCAGCAAAGCGGCUGCGCGAAAUAGCCAAUGACAUCAAAGGGAAAAAGAGAGAUGUAAUAAGCAAGUCCAGCUUCGAGGAUUUGCUGUUUAUAUCUCCUUUGGUCCCUCCUCCUGAAGAGCUUCUUGAUUUCAUUAUUAUGAACAUUGACCCUAAGAAUCGUGUGCUGAAGAUUAAUGACCACAAGGAGAUCCACUUUUCAAAAGACAUGGUUAAGAAGAUAUUCAAUGUCCCAUCUGGUAGCAGACCGAUAGAGUUUGGGAAGAGGGGCAAAGCUGAUUUCCGUGAAGUUUAUCUGCACGGCGGGGAUAGGGCUCUGAUAGCCAGCGCAGUUUCCGUCUUAUCAAAAACAGAUGAUGAUGACACCAUCGAGAGGUCAUGGGUAUUACUGUGCCUGGCUUUGGUCCUAACUCCUGGGACAGGAAACAUGGUCCCCCUAGAUUAUCUUUACACCCUGCGAGAUAUGAGUAUGGUCCAUGAGUUUGAGUGGGAUGAGCAUAUCAUGUGUGAUGUGAUGAGAGAAGUUAAAAAAUACCAGGAUAGGAGGAAUGAGGGUAGAGGGAAAUUUCUCAUCGGUGGAUGUCUACCAAUGCUUCCGAUAAUUUACAUGGACCAUCUUGAUGUGCCAAGAGGAUGCUUAGUUGAUCACACCAUCAACUACUCGCUUCCUAGAGCUUGUUUUGUUCAUGAAAUGGACUUUUAUGCUAUUGUCGCAGUGGACACCCUGGAUGAUGGGUUUGGGAAGCGUCCAUUCAGGACCAGUACACCGUACGCAGUAGUUGAGUUCAUGUCAUAUGUAGAUCAACAUCACCAAGGAGCUGCAAGUGAACAUGUCACAGAGGAAUUAUCGGAAAUCAGCGAGCAAGGGUGUGCUGUUGGGGGCGCAACACACACUCCAGAUGUGCCUAAGAGCUCACACAUGCAAGCAAAUGUACAUGUGGGAGCAGAUGCAGCAUUCAUGGAUAGAGAGCCGAAGGUGAAGGCAUCACUUUCAGUGUACCAGGGGGGACUUCUGCUGCAGGCAUGUCUAAUGGGGCUGCAACUGAACCUGUUGCGCAACAGCCCAAGCAUCCGGAGCAGCCCAACAUUCACCAUGUCACUGUACCGCCUCCGCAACAGCCCAAGCAACCAGCCACUGCCACUGUACCAUCUCCGCAACAGCCCAAGCAACCAGCCACUGCCACUGUACCAUCUCCGCAACAGCCCAAGCAACCACAAUGGCAGGGGAGAAGACUCAUGCAGCAAGGCAAACAACACUGAAUUUAAGCCUCCUCGCAGCCCAAGCUUCGCACAUGUGAAUCUGACGAGGAGGCCAGGCACGCUUGAAGAUGGACCUUCUUUUGGAUUGUUUGAACCAGGGAGUGAUGAUGAUCUACUAUUUCAGGAGUUUCCUCAAGUUCGUACAUCCCCUGCAAAAACUUUUGUUGCAGAUUUGGACUCCUUCUUGUCGAUCCGUAUGAGGAGCCCUUUGUUUGGUGAAUCUCCGGCUACCUCAGCUGGGCCAGUUUACGAUGUGACUCCCAUCGCAACACGUCCUCCAAUUUCGGCAGGCCCUGCGGAAGCAGGAGUAGCUGAGACAAGUGAGGAGGUGGUGAUUGAAGCAAGCAGCGGGGGAAAACGUGAUGCGAAGAAGCCCACACUCAAGAGAGUUGAAAAAACGCCAGAGAACGCACCGAAGCUAAAGAGGAUGAAGAAGAUCAUAGUUAAUGCUUCCGACGAUGCCAUAUAUAAGCAGUAUUGUUGCACAAAUUACCACAUAAAGGACCCUCCUGAAGGCAAGCCCUUGAUAGGUGGGUUUGAUGUUUCGUUCAAGCAUUUCAGCAAUGGGCUAAAAAAGCGAGCACAUUUGAACAAUGAGGUCAUGUCGCUUUAUGUUGAAAGCUUCAACAUCGAGCACAUGUAUAGCAAAAGAAAACCUAGGAAGUUUGCGUUCUCACCGCAUACAGCCUCCAAGCUUGCCGUGGACCCAAGCUCAUUUCAGACACGUUCUUGCAGCAAAGAUCUUGAGAGGGCCUGUGAAAGAAACAACAUCAUGAAAUCUGAUCAAUUGUUCUUCACCAUUGUCAAGGACGGACACUGGGAAGUUGUGGUUGUAAACUUGAUGCACAAACAAUUCAACGCCUUCGACUCAAGGGGUGAUGAUCCUGACUAUGUCAACAUCCUCGAGAAGCCAUGUUGCAAUCUGGACACGAGAGAGGACGACGAUGAGGAGAGCCUCCAUGAGGAGGAGGAUGAUGGUGAGAUGGGAGAGCUCGAGCAGCAGUAUCGCACCCUCCAGGCCAAUCAACAAAGCAUUCUUCAAACCCUGAAACAACACAGGGAUGAUGAUGUCUCAAGAGGCCAGGCAAUCAAAAACCAAAAGGCGCUAUGGGAUAAGACCCUGGAAAUGAGAUUCUUGCUGCAAAAGGCAUUCUCCACUUCAAACAAGCUUCCCAAGGAUCCAUCCAAGUCAAGGUUCUGCAGUCAUGAUCAGGAGAUAGAGCAAGCAUAUGUUGAUCUGUUGGACUCAUCAAAACAGACUCUCGGUUGCAUGCUGGAGCUGCAGAAGGCUUUACUGGAGCAGAAUCAGGCUGCAAAGGGUGCGAACGAUACAUUGCCUGACUCGAAUGGAGAGAGUGACGAGUGGUUGCAAGUACAGAAAUUGCAUACAAGAAGAUCUUUUGUUAAUCAGCGCUAUGCAGUUCUGCCCUUGUAUGCUUACCAUAUCCUAAUAACCCCUUUCAGAAAUACCGAGAUAGAUAAAUGGCAGAGGAAAACACAGGUCACAACUGGAGCUGCUGCACUGAAAGGAAAGUUGCACGCAUUUAAUCAGAACAUAAGUGACCAAGUUGCUGGUUACAUGAGAGACCCAAGCAGGAUGAUUCACCGGAUGUACUUGCGGAAAUCUGAUGUUGGUGUAUUCGGGGAGAGUGCAGCAGAGCCUGCUACUACCGUUGAGGGGAAGGAUGUGGAAGGUGAUCCUGAACUUAUUGAUGAUUCUGAAUUUUACCAUCAACUUCUCAAGGAGUUUCUCGAGUCAUGUGAUAAUGGAGCAUCUGAGUCUGCAUUUUAUGCUCUAAGGAAGAAGCAGAACAAGAAGAGGAAACUCGUCGAUCGCCGCGCUUCAAAGAGCAGAAAGAUAAGGUACAGCGUUCACGAGAAGAUUGCUAAUUUCAUGGCCCCGGUGCCUAUGACGGUUCCUCCAAUGGCUUCGAAAUUGUUCGAGAAUUUGUUUGGAAUGGGCAACCUGCAGAAGUCAGCCGCGGUCUGA